CGAUUUUGUAUUUUUGUUUUUGUCGUCAAACGUUGUCGCUUAGCAACCGCGAUCUCGGAGAACCGAGUUCACGAUUCAAAAAAACUAAAGCAACAUUAAAAACCAGAAACGCUCGUUAUGACGAUAUCCGGCGCUCUAAACGCUUACUUUUGAACAUCGUUCUAUGUUUCCAAGUGGGCUUUGUGGACUAAGGACUUGUGUAGACACCGUCUCUAUAUAUUUUUUUUAUAGCAGUGGCGAUGGAACAACAAAUUGACGCCGUGGACGCAAAGUUGCACGAAGUUGUUAAACAAUCUCUAAAAGAUGGACCCAAUUGGAACAACUUUGUAUCAACUGUAGAAACCGAAAUAAAGAAAAUCUUGGUAAACAAACGUGUGAUUAAUAUAGCAAAAAAUAAACCUGUACAAUCUGAAACAACUGAAUUGAUUAAUAAGCUCAUAUUUGAAUACAUGGAUUGGAUGGGAUAUCAACUCACAAACACAAUGUUUAAGAAAGAAUUGGGAACAGAGUUAAAGGCAAAUGGUUAUCGUAAGCAGAUGACUUCAUUAUUAGGUCUUGAAGACACUGAUGAAACAUUAAAACUGCCUCUUUUAACAGUGUUGAUUACAAUGUUUAAGAAUAAAGAUGGAGACAAUCAAGAACCCUUAGACAAUUGAGGAAAAACCUAUUUAUCGUUAUAAAU